UCAUUGCUCACACAUCGACAUUCAUCUCUAACCCUGUCUUAAAAAAUUCAACAGUCUUUGAUCCAAAACACGUCUUUUGGAUUUGGCAAUGAAAGAUAAACCUGUUAUUAAUAUUCCGCAAUCCGCAGGUGUUACUGUAAUGAAAGUGUCGCGUGAAGUGAAAGGAACACAAAAUGUUGAAUGAAAGUGGGGAUAGCCCUGACAGGCAACGAGAAAGCUGUAGGAAAUUUAACACUGAUGGAAGUACAGCUUUCAAAAAUCAGGAUUAUGAAAGGGCUAUAUUGUUAUAUUCUAAAGCGAUUGAGGCAGCAGACUACACGUUAGCACCUUAUUUUUCCAAUCGAGCUGCUGCAUACUUCAUGAUUAGAAAUUACAAGGAAGCGUACACAGAUGCUUCAGCAGCUAUUGGAUUGGAUGAGAAUUGUUUUAAGGCAUAUCUAACAAUUGCAAGGGGCGGUUUAGCCCAGGGUUUCUUGGAGUUGGCCAGGGACAGUUUGGAAAAGGCAGCACAAAUAAACCCUCAUUCCAGCAGUUUGCCGAAAUUGUACUCCAGGUUCUAUAAAAUCCUCAGCUAUGAAAUCUUGGCAGCAUGUGCACAUACUAAAGGAGAUCUUAAACAGACUUUAAGCUACACUCAAAAUCUGUUAGCUCAAUCACCUGAUAGUGACAAAUACAGAGUGGUAGAGGCAGAUCUCCAUGCCAUGAUGGGCGAUUAUAAUGAAGGCAAAAAGGAUGCAAACACUGUGCUAUACCAUGAUGAAAGGAACUCAGAUGCUUGGUAUGUUCGUGGAAUCUGUUUGUACAACCAGGGAUCUUUUCAACCGGCGUAUGAAGCUAUCAUUGAAAAUGCCUUGAGAUGCGAUCCGGGACACCAAAAAAGCUUAAUGAUGUCAGAGAGACUGAAGACUCUGCAAUCAUUGAACGCUAAUGCAUGCCAGGCAUACAGAAGUAAGAACUUCUUGGAAGCUUUUAAUCUCUUCACUCAAGCCUUGACAGUGGAUCCAAAAAACCGACUCCUUCUUGCCAAACUUCUUCACAAAAGAGGACUCUGUUCGUUUAUGUUAAAGAAUUUUAAAGACGCCAUUAGUGAUUUUGCGGAGUCUUUAGAAUUGGAUGAGAGUAAUUUAGACGUGUAUCUAAUAAAAGCCAAAAGCCACUUGAUCACUGGAGGAUAUGAGGAAGCAUGUUCAGAAUACCUAAAAGUUCAACAAAGGACAGUUCAUCAAACUCCUGGUCCUCAAAAAUACGAGAAACUUUACAAAGAGUCUGAUGAAGCGAGACUUAAAUUGGAACAUGCCUGCAGAGUGCUAUCAUUGUCUAGAAAUUGUUCAAAAUCGGACGUCAUAAAGGCGUUUAGAAUGAGGGAGAUUUCGAUACAUUAUCCAGAUUGCCAUCCUGGGCUGAGUGGUGAGAUGAGAGAACAAAAGGAGGAGCAAUUUAGGGAGAUAACCCAAGCCCGUGACUUUUUGCUGGAUUAUCUCCAAAGGAUGAAAGAUUUCCAGGAUUUUGAAGUUGUUUUUUCUGAUGAAGACGACUUUGAAACGGAGCUGUGAAGGUUCAAUCCCAGUCCCAGGCCAAGUUACAUCAGAUCAGUGAGUUACAUAGGCUAAAUAUUGUGGACAUCGCGGGUAGAUUGCGGCCCUGUUCAGUGUUCACCCGCUACCGAAUUGCCAUCGGAACCGGUCAAAUUUUGUAGUUGAACAAAAGGAAGUGACGAAUUUUAAUGUCCUAGACCUGAAUGACUAUGCCAAUCACCAAACUAUCAAUUUAAUAAGUAUUUGCCAUCAUUAUACAAACUAAGAUGCCUGGACGUACGAAUCCCCAUUACCGUUGCUCAUAAUGGAAAAUGUCCAUGUUCGUUUUCUGGCUCAUUGAGUGUAUUUAAGUUCAUAUGUGCGAUGCCAAAUCACGACCACGAAACCAAAACAGUGUAAUUGUAGAAAUAAAUCCUCAUGCCCACUGAAUGGUAAAUGUCUAAAUACUAAUGUAGUAUACCAAGUAACGGUUGUUACUUGUUAGAAACGAUUCCAACCAUAUAAAAUCGUAUGUUGGUCAUAGCGAAGGCGAUUUCAAAUUAAGAUAUAAUUGCCACACUAGCUCAUUCAGAUUAAGUAAAUGUAGAAAUGCAACAGAGCUGAGCAAAUAUAUAUGAUAAGCUGGCGUAUUAUGAA